AUCAGUUUGAUGAAUGAAAUAUAUUUUGUGAUCACGUCUCUCUUCUCUCUCCCAGUUUCCCCUCUCUUCUCCUCUCACCUCCUCCUCCUUCUUCCUCUUCCUCCUGAUUAUUUCUACAUCAUGGACUUUCAUAUAAGAAGUGCAAAAUUCCUUUUGGUUAAGAGUCAAUCUGGCACAAAAGAACCUGCAGGUGGAAAUAGUAGUCAUCCAGUAAAUCAUUCUGACAUUGGUGGGAUAUCUGAGCUUGAGCAACUGUUAAAGCAGAAGACAUUCACCGGAUCUGAGAUUGAACACCUCGUGGAACUAUUACAUUCACGAGCUGAAGAAGUGCUGGCAGGCGAAAGAACUCAAGAAGCAUUACCAGAGCUAGCAUCCAGUUUAGGAAGGCAUCGACAGUUCUCGAGUAGUCCAUUGGAAGAAGAUAGAAAUGAGAGGGGUAGAUAUCAUGGAGUCAAUACUACUAUAUCCAAUUCGAGAGUCCUUGAGGAUGAUAUUGCUUCUCCAGCUGAACUUGCAAAAGCUUACAUGGGCAGUGGGCCUUCAAAGAUAUCGCCUUCAAAGUUGGUGAUGCGGGGUCAAAUUGGUAGGGAUGAUGCUAGAUUGCUUGGCAAUGUUCCGUUUACUCCAAAAUCACCUUUCAUGUCAUCGACAACCAGAGUUGCUGUUAACGUUGGGGUUCCAGAGAAUAGUUUUAUAACCCCAAGAUCUCGAGGCAGAUCAGCAAUUUACAACAUGGCUCGUACUCCAUGUCCCAGAGUUAACCCAACAGCCAUUCUCAAGGGUUAUCUUUUUGGUAGUAGCAGUGGAUCCCUGGUGUCUGGCACUGUUACCCAAAGCAUGCCUAUUUCAUUUGGAUCAUCUUUACCAUCUUCCAGUAUCACUAACAAUACAUCAUUUGCAUCUUCAUCGGCCAAUUCCCGAGUGCCCAGUACAAUCAUUAAUUUUGGUUUCUGUUCUGCCGCUUCCUCAUCUAAAAGCAAUGCAGCUGGCCUUGGCAGUGGGCCAACAGCCAGUGUAUUCAAUUUCGGUGUGAGUUCUGCUGUUGCUUCAGAUGUUGGCGCCAUUAGCUCCAACAGUGGUGCCACUCUUGGACUAUAUAGUUUUGGUCUCGGUUCUUCCUCCUUCUCUGCCAAUGUAGUUGGCUCUAGCAGUGGUGCCACUCCUAGUAUAUUCAGCUUUGGUAGCAGUUCUGCAGCUUCAACAUCGGGAAUCAAUGCCGCUAGCUCCUUCAGCAGUGGUACUUCUGAUAUAUUCAGUUUUGGUGCAAGUUCAUCGGCUUCCUCUUCAGCAACCAACUCCGUUAGCUCUAGCAAUCCUACUAUCAACUUAUUUGGUUCGAGUUGGCAGAGUCCCAAGUCUCCUAUUCUUGGUUCUACUUUUACUUCUCUUUCCUCAUCUGAAACUAGCAAUUCUACUAUCAACUUAUUUGGUUCGAGUUGGCAGAGUCCCAAGUCUCCUAUUCUUGGUUCUACUUUUACUUCUCUUUCCUCAUCUGAAACUAGCAAUUCUACUAUCAACUUAUUUGGUUCGAGUUGGCAGAGUCCCAAGUCUCCUAUUCUUGGUUCUACUUUUACUUCUCUUUCCUCAUCUGAAACUAGCAAUUCUACUAUCAACUUAUUUGGUUCGAGUUGGCAGAGUCCCAAGUCUCCUAUUCUUGGUUCUACUUUUACUUCUCUUUCCUCAUCUGAAACUAGCAAUUCUACUAUCAACUUAUUUGGUUCGAGUUGGCAGAGUCCCAAGUCUCCUAUUCUUGGUUCUACUUUUACUUCUCUUUCCUCAUCUGAAAGCAAUGCAGCUGGCCUUGGCAGUGGGCCAACAGCCAGUGUAUUCAAUUUUGGUGUGAGUUCUGCUGCUGCUUCAGAUGUUGGCGCCAUUAGCUCCAACAGCGGUGUCACUCUUGGACUAUAUAGUUUUGGUCUCAGUUCUUCCUCCUCCUCUGCCAAUGUAGUUGGCUCUACCAGUGGUGCCACUCCUAGUAUAUUCAGCUUUGGUAGCAGUUCUGCAGCUUCAACAUCGGGAAUCAAUGCUGCUAGCUCCUUCAGCAGUGGUACUUCUGGUAUAUUCAGUUUUGGUGCAAGUUCAUCGGCUUCCUCUUCAGCAACCAACUCCGUUAGCUCUAGCAAUCGUACUACUAACUUAUUUGGUCAGCCAACCGUCUCACCUUCUCCCCCUGGCUUCAUGUUUGGGUCAACAGUGCCAUCUUCUGUUCCUUUAUUUGGUCAACCAACCUUCUCACCUUCUCCCUCUGACUUCAUACUUGGGUCAACAGUGCCAGCGCAACCUAAUUCCUUUCAAUUUGCUGGCCAGCAACAUCAAGUUGCUCCACAGAGCCCUUCUCCAUUUCAGGCAUCAGCUAGAACAGAAUUCAAUACGAGUGGGAGCUUCUCAUUGAGAAGUGGUGGUGGUGACAAGUUAGGGCGAAAAUAUGUGAAAGCUAAUGGAAGUAAGAACCAGAAGAAGUAAAGACGGUGAAUGGUAUAGCUGUUGUAUCCUUCAUUGAAUUUCCGCCCUUUUUUAAAGCAAAUAUUCUGUAGGCACAGUUUCAUCAAUUUUGUACCGUGUUAAAAAUUGCAAUGUACGAGGAGGCGACACUGGGUAACGGGAUUGUGUUAUUGAUGGCGCUUGUGUAUUUCUAUGUAACAUGAAGGAAUUGUUCAUAAAUCUUUCCAAGGAAGCAUGUUAAGUUCCAUUUCACUAUCUUAGCUGUUGUCUUCAUCAGCAGAUUAUCACCCUUGCAGCUUUUGUACAUACAAGUCUCCCAGUCGAUCCUCUUGUAUCUUUUAUUUGCAGGGAGAGCCUUUUGUGUUGUAAAUGUACUGUUUGUAGACCUUCUUGCUAUUGUUGUGCAGUGUUAAUCUAUAGGUUGUCCAGAUUUGUUGUCUUCUGUGUUUAGUUUUUGUUUAUGUCGGACUCAAAUUUUGUAGUGCUUUUCAGAUGAAUGCUGGAUAAGGAUGAUUAAUUAUUUUUGCUUUUUUAUUCCUAA